AUGAAAUCAUCAAAUAGUGAUGCCAUGACUGCUAUUUAUUGUCAUGAAACGAAUGAGAGUGAUCAAUUAACAAUACGAUGUAAAUCAAAUGAAAAAAUUCGUAUGUUAGAUGCAUUUUAUGCACGAGCUCAAAAUCGAACUCGUCCAUAUUGUCAACAAGGUUUUGAUAUCAAUGAUUGUAAAGUACACACAAGUUUUUCAUCUGCUUGUUCUGGUAGAGAAAAUUGUACAAUAUAUCUUCAACGAACAUGGUUAUCCGAAUGUUCAUCAAACAAUGGAAAUGAGAAUGAAUUAUGGUCAGAUUAUACUAUGGCAUUUUAUGAAUGUAUUUCAGAUGUGUUUAUCCACAAUAUUUGCAGUGAUAAAGAAUUUACAAAUGUAUGGGGUACAUUUCAAACGCCACAUUUUCCAAAUCCAUACAAUCCACAUGACGAUUGCUGGUGUAAAUUGUCAACACAGCGAAAACAUCGAAUAUUAUUAUCAGUUAUUGUUUUUCAAUUAAUUCCAUAUGAUCAUGAAUGCGCUGGUGCUGGAUUGUAUCUUCAAAGUAGUGAUACACAACGUAGUACACAAUGUACAUAUUUGAAUCAAGGACAUAAUUAUUUGAGUGAUACAAAUGAAUUGUAUAUCAAUUUUUAUAGUCAUACACCAACGGUUCGAGGAGGAUUUUGGAUUAUCUAUGAAGCUAGUAAUGUUAAUGGAAAAGUUCAUCUUCAAUGUGGUUCAAUGGAUACAGUCUAUCCUCAUAGUAGUCAAAAUGGUUCACCUCGAAUGAGUUCAUUAUCACCAAUAUCAACCGGAUUUGAUAAUGGUUGGGCACGUCUAGCAUUCAAUUCAUUAACUAACACAAUAAAAACAACAACAAUAUCAUCUAUAAAGACAAAUACUUAUCAACGAAGUGACGAUGAUAAAAUAAAAAUGUUAAGAUUAAUAGGUGGCAUUGCGGAAGAAUCAUCGGAUUUAUUAGAUCGUAAUUUUCAUCAAUCUUAUGAUGAAAAAAAUGAACAUCAAAUUUAUCCGCAUAAAAUUCAUAAAACAAGUACAAUUAGUCCAAGAUUGUUAUCAGUCAAUCAUGACCCAUACAAUAAAGAUUUGAAUAAUAAAGAAGCAGCCGCCUUUUCAUAUUCUCCCGGUUCAUUAUCAACAUUUGAAUUAGCUUGGGGAUCACAAGGAUGGUAUCUAAACUUUCCAUCAUCGAGUUCCAUAUCAACGCGUCUGAUGUAUCCAACAACAACUCGAUCGACAAACGACGUUGUAGCUUAUUUGAAUAAAACUGAUCAGAUAUAUACACAGCGAAAUAUUAAUGAUACGCUACGUUUAUUAAACGUACCGAUUGUACAACCAACAAAAUCGACACCAACAAUAAUAAAAUGGAACUCAACAUGGCAUUAUGGCUAUACGAAACGAAUAACAAAUAUACAGAAAAAGUCUAGUAAUAAUCCUUUAACAACUCAAACAUUGCAUGCUUAUGCAACGAAUUCAUCUACUACUCGAAGAAUCAUUGAUACGAGUUUUCACACAACGUCUAAUUUCAUGCCAGUUGACAGCACUACAGAAAAAUCUAAUCCAACACAUAACAGCACAUCAAAAAUACGAGAAAAAUUUUUCACAACAUUAGCAUCAAAUUUCUUUUAUCCAAUAUUAUCCAGUGAGAAAAAUCAUACAAAUUCAACUGCCAUUAACACAAUAACAUAUACGACGAACAUCACAACUACAAAAAUGAAACAAUUACCUUUUGAUACUUCAACAUUAUCAUCGCCUACAACAACAGCUCGAUAUACAAUUGAUUAUUCAUUAUUAAAUUUUAAUCCGUUAUUAUUCUUCUCUACAACACCAACAACAUCAAAAUUGGCAGGGAAAAUAAAUCAAACAAACGCAUCAAAACCUGAGAUAUCAUCAUCAACAAUAACGAUUCCUCCACCAACACCAUGGUACUCUCCACAAGGACCAUUUGACUGGUGGCAUUGGAUAUGGUAUACAAAAACAACAACUACCACUUCAAAAGGUAUAACAAAAAAAGCUUUAAUCUUAACAUCAACCACCACUACAACAAUAAAACAGACAACAGCUAUAAAUACGACUAGUACAAUAAUAUCCGCAACGACAAGAACGACUACUCUUAAGAAAUCCUAUACAAAUAGUUCAACACAAUCGCCAGAAACAAGAAAAGUGUUAAGUUAUUCUACUCCAGUUAUUAUAUUUCCAAUUCUUUUUCCCUCAAAUAUGACAUCGACAACCGAUCGCAUACUUUUCGUAACAAAAUUGACAUCAACACCGAAUCAUCAAUCUAUAAUCAAUAGUACAAUUCGAACAUCAGCUCUCAGUACUACGAUCACCACACAUACGAGUGGAAAAACUCGGACUGCCCAAAGUCAUACCAUCGACUGGUUUAAAUUUCCAGUCAUCAAACAGAAACACAACAGUUUUCCAUCAUCGCAUUCAUCUCAUCGAACACAUUCAUUUUCGUUAUCAAGCAGCAAGAGGAGUCCCAAAUGGAAAUCAAGUACUCAACCUAGUACAACGACAUUUGAUAUUAGUGGAAUAGAUGACGAUGAGGGUGAGGGUGACGAUGAUCAGGAUUGGAACAGUAUAUUUUCAAAAGAUGCCAGUGAUUUAACAGUUAAACUUUCGUCUAAAAACAAUUUUCUUGCGACACAAUCAACGACACUAAUAGUAGAAACACUAUCGAACAGAUAUCAAGCCAAUAAUGAACGAAAUGCGCUUCCAAACAAUGUCAACAGUCUAAUGACUCCAACAAACGUUCAUAGUAUGAUUCGUCGUGUUAUUGAACAACGUAAUAAAAAAGUAAUGGAAAAUCGUCGUUUAAGUAAAACAGAUAUUACCAUUAUUGCUGUAUGUAUACUAUUCGUUAUUUUAUUGGUAAUAAUCAAUUUAAUUUUAUAUGCUGUUCGACGACAUCGUCAUCAAUUACAAAGACGUCAUUUGAUCAGUCCUUCAUUAGCAACAACUAUAGUGGGUACCACUGGUAGUAGCAUGAAUGGUACUAGUGGUACAAAUACAAUGCCGAAUAAUUCAGAUAUUUUACCAGCUGUUGGCGAAAUUGUUAUUUGGGGUGCAAAAGAUCAACGUGGUUAUAUGAUUGAUAAUAAUGGUACAUGGGCAAAAAUCGAAGGACGACAAUGGUUUGGAAGUAAUAUAUUCAAAGGUUGUAGCAAAAGUUCAUUGUCAAAAAGCUUUCGCUCCAAAUUUCGUGUUCGUUCAGAUAAAAAAGAAAUAAGACAAGCACAAUUAUUUAAGUGUCCUUUAUUAAUGGAUAGUGCCACAUUGAGUCCUGUACCAGAAUGUGACUAUGAAAGUUCUGAAUUAUCAUUGUCUGAUACCGUGCUUAACGGUAUAUCCAUAAAACGCUCAAAACCAAAUUUUAUUAAUAAAUCAGAAGUGAAAGAUAUAUCCGAAAGACUUGUAAAAAAUACCCAAGUUCUUGUUCAUACAACUGGUUCACACGAUCAAUUGUCAUCGAGAUAUAGUCGGCAACUUUCAAAUUCAACAGGAGAUUAUUAUAAACGAAUUAGUGGUGGUGAUGAUUCUAACUACACACUUGGAGAAGAUAUGGAAUCUUCCUUAGCUGAACAAGAUACAGAUAAAAGUGAAAAUCCUAUUGUUACAGUUCCAAUAUUAAUUCGAGAUUGUAAUUCACCAACAGACACGACGUACGAUCAAAAUUAUUCAAUACUAUCCGUUGUUGAGUAUUCAAGUACUCCUGUUCGUCCAAAUUAUUUACAACCGAGACAUCAUUCACACGAAAAUAACAACACAUUUUCAUCACCAACACAAAAUUCAGCAUCAUCAAAAUUUUUCUUGAAUAGUUUUCAAUCAUCUAAUACUGCAGCAGCCACGCAACAACGAUCACCAUUACAAUUAGAAUAUAUGGGUAGUAGUAGUGGAACUAGUAAUGUCACUGGACAGUUUUCACCCACACAACUGGAUACGUCUCAGGAAGCAUUUAAAAUAAAAAAUAUGACACUGACAACUGGAUAUUGUCAAACUGAGUUUACACCAUUGGAUCCAAAUUUAUUACUGAAAAAUAGUAAUUUAUUUCAAACAUUAUUAGAUUCAUCAUCAAAAGCUGUAACAUGUGAUGAUACGGCUGAACAUUUAUAUCGUUACUCACAAUCGGCUCAAUUGUCGACAUAUGACAGUGGUUUUAUCGAUGAUAAAAGUGAUCAAAGUAUUGUUUCAUCAUCAUCAAAUUUAUCAAAUACGAAACAGAUGAGACCGGUAUCAUGUCCGGAUGUGCAAAUAUUACAAUCAGAAAAUGAGAAAUCACCACAUAUUGAUCUAGUGAGAAGAAAAAGUUUUAUAAGGCAAACAUCUCCAGAGAGAUGCCGUUCAUUAUCGGGUGAUGAACACUAUCAACAACAACAACUACAAGAUGAACAAAAUGUUGAUACACAAUUGGAGCAAUUACUUGAACGUCAAAGAUUGAAUCAACAACUACAAUUAGACGAUUUACAAGCCAAUUUAAUCACUACUGCAGAUCACAAUACGAGUGCCAAUAGUCCAAAAGAGACGAAAAUAUCAGAGUGGCGUUCUACAAUACGAUCAAAAUUACGUCAAAUAGUCAAUAAUCCGGUUAUGGGGAAAAGAAGAGUCGAUACUUCUGAUGUAGAAUCAAAACGAGUCUCUUUUCCAGAUAAACAUGUUACACAACGCUUUUCUCCACCUUGUCAAUCACCACCAUAUUUCGGUUCAACGUCACAAGAACAACACGUCUCAUCAGCGCAACCAGCCAUACUAGAUCAAACAACAACUGAUCUCUCGAACAUGUUCACCACGUAUGACUUGUCACCAAUGUCAUUACAAAAGUUCAAUAGUAAUGGCGGAUUUGAUAAAACACAGUUAGGUAAUCGGAUGCGUUCAUUCUUUCCUGAUUACGAUGAAAAAUCGACUACAGUGUUAAUACCAAAAAAUAAUAAUAAUCGCAAUAGUCCUGAACCAAGUUCAUUGUCCGAUCAAACUCAUCUACAAAUGUCAUCACCUGUUCUACGUGAUUUAUUUGCAACAAAAGCGGCCAUCGAUGACGAUGAAGACCAACCUGUAAUUAUGAAAAAUUUACACUCUGUAAAAUCAUUGAAAAAAUUUUUUGAAACGCGAAUGCAACGUCAAGGUUUCCCAAGCGAAAUGAAUCUAUCGCCGGCAUCAUUUUUAGAUAAUAGACAGAAUGAACAACAACACCAGUUGAAUGUCGAGGAAAUGAACGAUGAUACGCAUGAACAAUUUUAUAGUAGUGGAUGUCUGAUCUCAAAUCCACUACCGAUGACGGAUAGUCAUAGAGUGGUUGAUAAUAAUAAUAAUAAUAAUAAUAAUAGUAUGAUAGAUGACGACAAACAACACUUGAUCUCAAUAAGAACAAAACUGUUAGAUAGUUUAAGACGAAAAAAACGAAUACCAAUAACAGACCAAAUCAGUCAGUCAUCAUCCACAGAUGUUGACAAUGACGAACAGUACCAUCGUCGUUCCACAACUCCAGUACAAUCAGCUAUAGCCGAAUAUUCCGAUUUAUCACAAAUAUCUUCGCAUAUUUAUGUUCAACAGCAACAACAAAAUGAACAACAAUCGAUUCCAAGUUUCGACCAUAAUAACCAUUUUACACUUUUGAACAACGAAAUGGAAUCUCAUCAUUUAUCUACUAUAACUAAACAAUCACCACAUUCACGACGAUUUCGUUCAUCGUCAAGUAAUUCGUUUGAAAAUAGUUUAGAUAUUUUGCAGCACCAGUCAUCAUCACAGUUGACAAGAGCUCAUGUCAAGCGAUCAUUAUCACAUGAUCCUAAUUAUUCAUGUUCUAAUCGUUCAUCGAAUGGAUGUUUUAUUGAAAACUGGGGGCAAGAUACGCCUAAGAUGAAUCAAGAAGAUGACGAAAAUGAUGACUUAGUUGAUGACAACGCAUCGGAAAGUUCAAUGUUAUGGCAAGCAAAAACACGUUUGCAAACAUUUGUUAAAACAACACGUAGUGAGUAUCAACAGAAUAACCAGAAUUUCGAUCAAAAUACUCGCUCAAAUAUUAAUCAUCCGUUGUACAGGGGAGACAAUCGAUGUAGUCAGAUAACUUCAACUAACAGUGAUUACUCGAAAAAAAUAAUUAUGACUGAAACAAAAUUUUAA